UGACACUGAGCUAUCCCGAGAUUUCCAUCUUCGCCGCCAUUCCCCUUAUUUCGUCUCUUCCUCCUCCUCCUUGACCACCUACCCCAAUUCUAUGAACUAUUCCGAAAGAAAUUUAUUAGGCUCUGAGAUCCGAUCUGCCCUUGCCUUCUUCCAGCCAUCCGCUGCCACUAUUCUACGUCACAGCGCCAUUUCUUCGAGCCAUCCGCUGACAGGCGCCUUCUUUGGUGUUCGGAAGGGGAACAGGGGAUUAAGGUCUGAGAAGAUCCCUGGUGCCACCUUUCUUGGAAUCACAUCAUCUUCCAGACAGCAGGCAAUGGGAAGCAACGAGCGGCCAAAUCCAGACCGGCUUGCAGUGGUUACUGGAGCCAACAAAGGGAUUGGCCUUGAGACUGCUCGGCAGCUUGCAAGCCAUGGCGUAACUGUCAUCCUAACUGCAAGAGAUGAGAAGAGGGGGACAGAUGCUGUUGAAUCCCUCCACCAAUUCGGCUUCUCCAAUGUGGUCUUCCAUCAACUUGAUGUUCGAAAUCCUGCUAGUGUUGCAUCCUUAGCCCAUUUCAUCCAAAAUCAAUUUGGAAAGCUCGAAAUCUUGGUAAAUAACGCAGGAGCCUCAGGAGUUGUAGUAGAUGUUGAAGGCCUGAAAGCUCUUAAUAUUGAUCCUGAAUCUUGGCUUUCUGGCAAGGCUACCAACAUAGUUCAAGCUGUGAUCCGUCAGGACAAUGAAGACGCCGUAACAUGCCUAGACACCAAUUACUAUGGCGUCAAAAGAGUGACAGAAGCACUACUGCCUGUCCUGAUGCGCUCGACCUCAGGUGCAAGGAUUGUCAACGUUUCCUCUCUGAGAUCAGAACUCAAGAGGAUGCCCAAUGAAAGUAUCAGAAACCAGCUGAAUGACAUCGAUAACUUGAAUGAAGAGAAGAUUGAGAAGUUGCUGGAUGGAUUCCUGGAGGACCUCAAGAAUGGAACGCUUGAAGCUGGUGGAUGGCCAAUGAUGUUACCUUCAUAUAGUGUAUCAAAAACUGUGCUCAAUGCCUACACAAGGGUUCUUGCAAAGAGGUAUCCAGAUAUGUGCAUCAACUGUGUGCACCCGGGCUAUGUCAAGACUGACAUCAAUUGGAAUACUGGGGUCCUCGCUACUGAAGAAGGGGCUAAAGGUCCGGUUAUGCUUGCUUUGUUGCCCAAUGGUGGCCCUUCAGGAUGCUAUUUUGAUCAGACCACCAUGGCAGAGUAUUGAACAGGCUUAUGGGGUUAUGAAAUGGUGCUUGAGCUAGAGUUUGAGGAGUUUCAUGUGUUGUUUGGGAGAAAUUGAUUGUAUGGGAGGGAUCCAGCAGAAGAGAUGACAGACUGAGGAAGAUUGAAAUAAAGAGUUUGAACUAAACUCAUGUACUGAUAUUUCUCAAGAUCCAUAUAACUUCAGCAGAAUCUAGUAGUUAAUUCCUUUCAAAUGUCCUGAGCAUAUCUUUGGUAAAGGUGCCCCUUGUGUCGUGCAGUGUUCACGAUUCGUGCCACAUAAUUCUCUUUUUGUUAAAAAAAAAACUCAACAGAUAAUAUACCUAAUGAAAUUAUUCAUCUGAGCCUUGUUUCAGCAAUAA